CUCGACGCAGAUUCCAGCAGAGGAGAAAAAAAAUGCUCGACUUAAAUUGUCGCACUUUUCUGUUGGUUUCGUAGAUUUUCGCUUUUUCGCUCUCAAAUCAAAGAGCUUUCAAUCGGAAAACGAAUAAAUCGAAACGAAAAACUAGGUAAAAAACAAAUAUAAUAUUAAAGGCGAAAAAUGCUAUUUCAAAGUGUACUGUAAUAUCGUAAACCGAAGUGUUUUGAUUGUUUGUGCAGGUGCAAAAUCGAUCUGGUGAACUAAAAACUGCGACUCCAAAUCGGCCGAGUUAGCGCAUUAUUGCCCCGAUUGUUGUUAUUGGGAAAAUGUUGUUCGUUUGGGAAAAUUGUGCCAUCGCUCUUUCGUAGUGUGUGCGUGUCGAGAGUGUGUGUGUGCCAGUGCCAGUAAUUUAAGUUAAUUAAAAACUAAGCCAGCUAACUCUCGGUUUUUGCCGCCCCCGCCAUGAGUAACUACCAUCCGCAUUCGCAUCCGCACGCGCUCUCUCAUCCGCAUCCGCAGCAGGUCCAGAAUCAGCUGCAGACCCAUCCAAACCAAUUGCCGCCGCCCCCGCAUCGCCAUAACCAUGCCACGCCCACAGCGGCCGCCUCCGGAGCAUCAUCAUCAUCCAUCCUGGUGGCCCAUCCUCCCCAGCCGCUGAUCAGCAAUUCGCUGGCCAUCCGCCAGGAGAUCCAGCGAUUCGAGAGCGUCCACCCAUCCAUCUAUGCCAUAUACGAUCUGAUCGAUCUGCUGCCGCUGGCCGAUGCCCAGAUAGCCCAGUCCAUCCGUGAUCAUGUGGUCUGCAUUGAAGAUUCGUUUGUGAACAGUCAGGAAUGGACAAUUUCGCGUUCGGUACCCGAUUUGAGGCUGGGAAUCGUGGGUUCUCUGAACUCGGGAAAAUCGGCUUUGGUGCAUCGCUAUCUCACGGGAUCCUAUAUGCAGGAGGAGUCCCCCGAAGGAGGUCGCUUCAAGAAGGAGGUCUUCAUCGACGGCCAGAGCUACUUGCUGCUCAUUCGAGACGAGGGUGGAGCUCCCGAAAUGCAGUUCGCUGGCUGGGUGGAUGCGGUAAUCUUCGUGUUCAGCCUGGAGAACGAGGGCAGCUUCAACACCGUCUACAACUACUAUACGAAAAUGGCGCAUUUUCGAAACGGCCAGGACAUACCCAUGAUUUUGGUGGGGACUCAAGAUGCCAUUAGCGAGCGCAAUCCUCGCGUGAUUGACGACACCCGUGCCAGGAAGUUGGCCAGUGAUUUGAAGCGCUGCUCCUACUACGAGACCUGUGCCACCUACGGCCUGAAUGUGGAGCGUGUCUUUCAGGAUGCCUGUCAAAAGAUACUCUCGCAGCGCCUGCCUUUGCCGCCUCAGGUGCAGCCGGCGAGACCCACAACACCGCAGGGAAAUCGCCUGGGACUGGCUCCCUACCAGCCGCCAUCCACCAAUGGGCAGCGGAGUCAGCAGCUGCCACUCCGGAUGAGUGCGGACUUCGCCCAGGCGGAGCAGAAGCUGUGGUCCCUGCAGGCGACCACCAGCAGCACCAACCCCAACACCACCACCAAUGAGAACAACAACAUCACCAAAUACAAUCCGGGAGCGGCCAGUUCGCUGCAGGGCGACUGCUCUCAAGUGCAGCUAAGGGAUCCGCGCGAUCUGGCGCCACCGCCGGGCAAGGAGCUGCCCACGCCCACCUCCACGCCCACGACGAGCCGCAAGAGUAGGCGGCGCUCCAACUUGUUCAUCCCCUCCUCCUCGAAGAAGGCCGACAAGGAGAAGGAGCCGAAGGGUAGCGAGCUGGGCAGUGGCCGCUCCAUACCCAUCAAACAGGGCUACCUGUACAAGCGAUCCAGCAAGUCCCUGAACAAGGAGUGGAAGAAGAAGUACGUGACCCUAUGCGAUGAUGGCCGGCUCACCUAUCACCCCUCGCUGCACGACUACAUGGACGAUGUGCACGGCAAGGAGAUUCCGCUGCAGUACGUCACCGUCAAGGUGCCCGGCCAGAAGCCGCGUGGCUCCAAGAGCAUCAUCACGAACAGUGCGCUGACCAGUUCCCUGAUGGCCAAUGGCCAGCGGGCUCAGAACACGUUAAGCGAUGGCAUCGGGUGCCUCACGCUGGCCAAGGACAAUCAGCGCAAGCUGAGCGAGAAGCUGUCGCUGCUGGGCGCCGGAUCCGGAGCCACUGGAGCCGGCGGCGAACCGCUGAAGUCGAACAGCUCGCAGCAGACGAGCGGGGACGAGGGCAUAGCCAUGUCCAAUUCAAAUUCGCAGACUUUCAUUGCCGGCGGAGAGGCGGCCAAUGCGGCCAACAAGCUGGAGGCCCAGACGCCGAACGUGAAGAAGCGACAUCGCCGCAUGAAGAGCAGCAGUGUGAAGGCCAACGAGGCGGAUGACAACGAUGGCUACGAGUUCUACAUCGUGUCGCUGGACUCCAAGCAGUGGCACUUCGAGGCCGCCAACUCCGAGGAGCGCGACGAGUGGGUGGCAGCCGUCGAGCAGGAGAUCUUCAAGAGCCUGCAGAGCAUCGAGAGCAGCAAGACCAAGCAGGCAACCAGCACGGAUCUGGCCGCCAUGCUGGCCAUUCGCCAGCGGGUGCCCGGCAAUGGGUUCUGCGUCGACUGUGGAGCGCCAAAUCCUGAAUGGGCUAGCUUGAACUUGGGCGUACUGAUGUGCAUCGAAUGCUCGGGCGUGCAUCGCAAUCUUGGCUCGCAUAUAUCCAAGGUUCGAUCUCUGGGCCUGGAUGACUGGCCAUCCCCCCAUCUCAGUGUGAUGCUGGCCAUUGGCAACAGUCUGGCCAACUCCGUGUGGGAGUCGAACACGAGGCAACGGGUGAAGCCCACAUCGCAGGCCAGUCGGGAGGAGAAGGAGCGAUGGGUGCGCAGCAAGUACGAGGCCAAGGAGUUCCUGACCCCACUGGGCAAUGGAUCCUCAGCGCACCCCAGCCCUAGUCCGGGUCAGCAGCUGAUCGAGGCUGUGAUCAGGGCUGACAUCAAGUCGAUUGUGUCGAUCUUGGCCAACUGCCCGUCCGAGGUGACCAAUGCGAAUGUGAGUGCCCGGGAUGUGCGCACUCCUCUGCUGCUGGCCUGUGCCAUAGGCAACCUGGCCAUAGCACAGCUGCUCAUAUGGAACGGCGCCAACAUUAAGCACACGGAUCACGAGGGUCGCACUUGUUUGGCCUACGCUCGGGCGGCACAGUCGCUGGCCACCGCCAAGUCGAUCAAGGCCGCGGCAGCUGCCCAGGCGGGCACCACGAUUCCGGCUCCCGCUCCGCCCACAAACGGUGGCAUUCCUGCUCCCCAAUACAAUGUCGAGGACACGACGGCGCUGGUGGAGCUGCUCGAGGGAUUGGGCUGUCCAGAGGCAGCUCCUCUCACGGCCAGUGGCACUUUGCCUAGGAGACGCGACACCCUGGGCACGCCCUACGAGAAGUCCGUCUCCGGUGUGAUCUGAAUUAGUUAAAUUUGAUAUAAGAUGUAUGUGAAUUUUCGUAGCAAUUUGUACAAUUCAUUAGAUUUUGUUGUUCGUAAAGGAACUAGUUUAAAUUUGAACGGAAAAAUUGUAUAGCCUUUAGUGUUUAGGUUUUAGAAAUGUUGUGCAAAUGUUUUUAAUAUUAUUAUUAUUUGGCGAACGUUGAAUGGAAAUUCACAAGUUUUAUUUACGUUUUUUUUUAGUUUGUUUAGUUUCUAAGCCAAAAAAAAACCUGUACAGCCUUGUUGUAAUCUCAAGUGUAUAAUUUAUUAUUUUCGUAUUACGUACUAUUACUAUUAUUAUUGUUUUUAUCAUGUGCAGGUUUUUAUAUCGUUUGCAAAACAAUUAUUAAGUAAUUUUAUCUUGUAACUCUCGAUAACCAUCAGCAGAUUGCAAAAAGACUACGCAAAAAAGAAAAAACAUACUUAUAAACAUCUAACAAUAGAUAAAAGCUGAUGCAAAAUAUACGUAUAAACGAAAUGAAUCUAAGAUUAAAGCCAAAAACAAACUUAUACUAAACAAUAUACACGAACACAUAUAUAUAUAUAUAUAUAUAUAUAUAUUAUAUACAUACAUAGUUGAAAUUGCUUGAUAAUCGGUUAAAUCAAAUGAACACGCCCCACAAUGUAGCUUAUGCUGAACCAAACUCAUAAUACACAAAAUUCUUUGCUAUAUAAAUUCCAACAAAAGAGAACUCGUUUAACGGACUAUACUGCGGAAUUAAACAUUCUGAUGGUAUUAAAUCUGAGUAGACAAAAAUGUAAUUGAAAGUAUUUCAAAACUAUUAUACAAAAUAGUUAUAAAUCAAUCUAUAAAUAUUACUAUAUGUAUACACCCCCCUAUAUUGUGUACGCUAUUUGUACGAAUUACAAACCACACAACGUGACAAACUCAAUCUAAUUGGAAAGAAAAGUAGCACACAAAAAUCACAAAAAAAAAAACAACAAAAGAAAAACCCUUCAAUAAAAAUCUAUUAAACAUUUUAA